AUGGUUUUUCGCACAAAGGACACUGGACGCGAUGAGUUCAAGAAAAAGGUGCGUUUGGUGGCUAAAGGUUACGCACAGAGACCAGUUUCCACCCGCCCUGACAUUACGUUUGCUGUCAAUUUUCUGAACCAGUUCAACGCGAAUUACAAUGCGGAACACUGGAAAGCAGCGAAACGCGUCUUAUGGUAUCUGUCUGGGACAAAAGGACUGGGGCUAUUAGAUCUUCCGAGCAAGGAAAAUCUGUACGGUGUGGCCGACGCCGACUGGGGAGCAAACCUUAGCGACAGACGCUCCUACUCUGGACAAGCGUUUGUGUUAUCUGGCGCAGCUAUGAGUUGGGAAGCCCGAAAACAGCGAACUGUGGCACUUUCGAGCACGGAAUCAGAGUAUCUGGCUAUGUCCGAAGCAGUCAAAGAGUCCAUAUACUUAAGGAGUCUCUUAACCAGCAUUGGGGGAGGUUGCGACUCGAUCCAGGAUUUGGUUACAGCCCGCGCACCAAACACAUGGACAUGCGCCACCACUACAUCCAAGAGAAGCAGCGAAAUCGAGUACUUGUCGACCGAACUUAUGCGAGCAGAUGUAGACUAA